AUGGCUGAUCUAUCUUACCGAUCCAAGGCAGAGGAUGAUGCGGCCAGAGAAGAUGGAGAGGACGACGAAGAAGACGACAUCGAUGAAAGCGGGUACAAGACGGUCAAAGACGCCGUGCUCUUCGCCAUCGAAGUCAGCGACUCCAUGUUGAAGAAACCACCGUCCUCAGGAUCAAAGAAAUCAGACACCACUUCUCCUCUACUCGCAGCUCUCAAAUGUGCAUACCACCUAAUGCAGCAACGCAUUAUCUCCACCCCUCGCGACUUGAUGGGCAUCUUGCUCUAUGGCACCGAAGCAACCAAGUUCUACGACGAAGAUGAGAACUCCGGGGGCGGGUGGUCCUUCCCGCACUGUUACCUCUUGAUUGACUUGGAUGUCCCCGAGGCUUCAGACGUGAAGGAAUUGAAGGAGCUCACCGAAGCCGAUUCUCCUGAAUCCAACGACAUCUUUCGACCCUCGAAGGAACCGGUGACCAUGCACAAUGUCCUCUUCUGUGCAAACCAAAUCUUUCAACAGAAAGCAGCCAAUUUCACCUCCAGGCGAUUGUUCAUUGUCACGGACAACGACGAUCCCCAUGCCGUAAACAAGGAGACACGAGCCCAAGCAACAGUCAGAGCCAAGGAUUUGUACGAUCUUGGAGUAAUAAUAGAAUUAUUCCCAAUCUCUACCCCAGAGCACACCUUUGACACAAAGCACUUUUACGACGAUAUCAUAUAUAAAGCGUCGCCAUCAGAUCCAGAUGCCAUUGCAUACAAUCCGUCUUCGAUCGUCGACUCGAAUGAGUCGAGGCUAGCAGCAGGCUCGAAUGAUGGCAUAUCGCUACUACAAUCUCUUCUGACCAAUAUUGCCUCAAAGGUUACGCCCAAAAGAGCACUCUUCUCGUCAGUUCCACUUGAGAUCGGUCCAGGUCUUGAAAUAUCGGUAAAGGGGUAUCUACUCUACAAGCACCAGAAGCCGGCCAGAAGUAGUUACAUCUAUUUGGGUUCCGAGCGACCACAAAUAGUGACAGGGAGUACUGAACAAGUCGCUGAGGACACUCGUCAAAUCCAGAAGGCCGAAAUUCGAAAAGCCUACACCUUUGGUGGUGAACAGAUUACGUUCAAGCUCGAAGAGGCUCAAAAACUCCGAGAUUUCGGGAAGCCUGUGAUCAGGAUAAUCGGAUUCAAGCCCAUGGCGCGAUUACCACUGUGGGCUAACCUCAAAAACUCAUCGUUCCUCUACCCGUCAGAGGAGCAUGUUGUUGGCAGCACUCGUGUGUACAGUGCUUUGUACCAGAAAUUGUCAAGAGACAAACUCUUCGGACUGACUUGGUUCAUACCACGAAAGAAUGCCACUCCGGUCAUGGCGGCCAUGGUUCCUACAUUAUCUGCAGAGCCUACAGAUGGCAGAUCCAAUGCGGCAGGGGUCUCGCCCACAGGAGCACCUCAAGGUCUCCAUUUGAUACCAUUACCUUUUGCAGAUGAUAUCCGGCCCAACCCUCCAACAACCCGACAAGAACCUCUACAUGCUCCAGAUGACCUUGUGGAUGCCAUGCGGCCAAUAAUUCAACAACUCAACCUCCCGAAAGGUAUAUACGAUCCCUCCAAGUACCCGAACCCGAGUCUUCAAUGGCAUUAUCGUAUUCUUCAGGCGCUGGCUCUCGACGAUGAAAUUCCAGAGAAGCCUGAGGAUAAGACAAUUCCGAAAUACCGGCAGAUCGACAAGCGUGUGGGCAAUGAAACCAUAGAAUGGGGCAAAACACUCGAAAGAGUCUUCAAAGAAUUCCACAUAGACCACCCAGACGCGAUUCCUACUGGUUCGAAACGUUACACAAACGGCCAUGGAUCAUCUGCUUCAGGGUCGGCAGCUAAGAAGGCUAAGACCGAAGGGGGAGACGGCAUAAGCGAGGAUGAAGUGAGAAGUCUAUGGCAAAAGGGCAAGUUGUCGAGUUUGACUGUGGCUCAAAUCAAGGAUUUCUGCGGAGCGAAGAAGCUUUCUGUGGCUGGAAAGAAGGCAGAUCUCGUUGAUCGACUCGAGCAAUGGUUGGAGAGCAAGUGA